ACCGUUGGCUUUCUAAAAGUAUUUCGAGAUGCGCAAACGUGCCGCGCAUAACGUAAAGUCAAGCAAACCUAACCGGAACGUGGUACAUGCACGACACGAAUCUAUUUCUGCUUCCGGUUGCCAAGGGCGACCAAUGGGGGGUAUUUAACAUUUUUGUUGUUGUCUCUCUCCCCCCUCCAGUUUCGUAAGACUUUUCUCUUCCGAUGGGAACUGCCUGCGGGGUCGAAGGAAGAGAAACGGACGUGUGAGUGUAUGUGUGCGUGUCGCAUCCCCUGGCGUCGACAGCGUCGCCGUCGUUGUCACUCGAGGAACCUUUUAAGAAACAAAUAAAGGAACCUCUUUUUUUCGUGUCGUGACUGAUGGGUUUAAACGGUUUCAUCCGACAUAUUCUACAUUCCUCUUUCCUUUUCAGUCCGGUCCAAUAAUUUGAUUGGAACCUGUAACCUAGAAAACGUAAAACGAGAACCAGUGGAUAUCGUUUGACAGUUAUUAUGUAGGUCUGGUCGUCUCCGAUAGCAGCUGCCUCUUGUUGGUGAUGUUUUGGCGGUUGGUAGAUGAUGGAGGGAUUCUAUUUUUCUCAAUAGAGAAAAUACAUAUCAAAAAAGAAAAGGAAAAAAGGGGAGGUUGGGUUUAGCGCAACAGCUGCAUCUGCUUCCAGUUUGGUGGACACACAAAAAUGCGAUCGAGGAGGGGUGAGGCCCAUAUGUGCAUUCGAGAGUGUCAGGAGUAUAGUAUACCAACAUAGGAAUCGAAAGCAAAGGGGGGGGGGGGAGGGAACGCAUGCGAAAAGACUGUGUGUGUGUGUGUGUCUAAGAAUUCCUCUGGCAUUAGUCUGUGAGUGUGGGCGCGCUAGGGGGGUAGGAGAAAAAGGAGGAGGGUCCAGCCUACACAUAUAUACACACAGUAGCUGCCCGGACUUGAGACGUAGCUGACGCAUCGCCCGCUCUCUCUCUCUAACUCUCAUGGCGUUUGUCGUGAGUGCCGUCGUUUGAGUGCCAAACCGAAAGAAAAUAGUUGUGUGUGUGCGUUGCGUGUUUUUGUGCGUGAGUAGUAGUGAGCGAUUGUGAAAUGAGCGUGUCCAACCAAAGCCGCAAGGACCAUUCCGAUGGAAGCGACGGGAGUGAUUCUGACGCGACGACGACGUCAUCAACGGAGCAUUUGACACGGGAGGAGAAGCUCUACGUUUUGCGUCACACUGCCCGUCAGGAACCGCAAGGUCAGGAGAGCAAGAGCUGGCAACAGCUUCAACAACAACGUCAAUCGCGGCCCAGCUGCCGCAGCUGCAGCGGACUGCAACUUGCACAGCACCAGCAACAUCAACAACGCAGUGGCAGCGUCAACCCGCUAGAACAAUCGAUGAAUAGCAGCGGCGGGGGACCCGAUCCGGCCUCCUCUUGUCGAACGCUCAUCAUUCACGGAAGCCUCUCGGAUGAAAGCUGGGCAAGGUUGGCUGGAACAGGAUCGAUACCCGAUUUGGGACUGGCCGGUUCGUCGCAUUAUCUUACCAGCACACCCAAAACGCCACCGUUUCGACCGGCGUCGUCCGAUUGCAACGACGACGCAGAGGAUCUUUUGCUAUUGGGCAGCGCCGAUCGGCGUCGACGUCGCGGAGGAGGUCAUCCACCACCUCCGCCACCUUCACCACCUGGUGUUGGAGGAUUUACCACUCGGAGUCUUCCACGAUCCGCCAAAGAUUUCAGCGCUCUAUCUACCUACCAGCGCCAUCACCCGUCGUCCCAUUUGACCAGUCUGGCUUCACUCUACCACGAAGAACAAGAAAAUACCGAGCUGGAUCACCAAAAUGGAUGUUGUGAACGUAGAAAACACUUGAAAAUGCUCCAUGGUCUCGCUCGUGAAAUGAACUGGAGCUUGCCCAUUACGACAACAAAUACGACAACGGCUGCCGGUCCUAGCGAUAGCUGCUACCCUUUAUCAAUCGAGGAAAGUGGUGAAGGCGCCUGUUCGGCCCUGUCUAUCAGUGACACACUCCUCAACGACCACCAGACGUUGCAGACACCGUCGUCCUACACCAGAGAUUUUACUUAUUUGAGUAAACCCCCACCUGCUUAUCCGCGAAAUAAAAGUUUCGGCAGUGGUGCGGCCCCAGCGACGGCGGCGGCGGCAGCUGUCGCGACAGAAAAUGGAACUCCUGCCAGCAGCCGAAAUUCGUCAUCGUCAUCUUCUUGCCGGCGAAUAAAAAUCCGACGAGCGUUGUCCCGUUCCCAUCCCGAUUUGUCCAAAUUGGGUAAAGAGCUCGGCUGGAACAAGAGCAGCGCUGGGACCUCGGAUUCAAGCAAUACGUGGAGAGCGUUACGUCACAAUAAAACAGAGCCUGCUGCUCCAGCCGAAGAACUCAAUACUCAAACCGAAAAGAGCCAGAUCGAUCCGCCUAUUGAAAUUCAAACUGUUCCAGCAGAACCGACCGGACCAGCAACAAUAGCAAUUAGUGGAGACAAGGUAAUGGUGGUGAGGCAAGAGGAUUCUGAAGCGGUUUGGAGUACUCCAGAGCUAGUCGAUGCCAUCCUGGAGGAGAAUUUCAAAUUGCGUCAACAAGUUCAGAAUCAUCAGGAUCACAUCGCCAAAUUGCAGAAAUUCGAAAAAGAAUUGAGCGCUGUUCAGGUCGCUCAUCAGGCUCUAGUGCGCUCCUCUGAGCGCAAAGAAUCGCUAGAGCAAUCUGCCCGAAUUCGACUCGAAGCCGAAUGGCGUCGUGCACAGGACAUGAACGCGGGGCUGCGCAAUCAAGUCGAGCUGUUGACAUCACAGUUGGCGCUCAGGAGCGCCUCGGUAGCUUCUCUUGGCAGCACCGCCGAAUCCGCAUCGGCCGCUGACUGGCAAAAUCAAAUUGCCCGCCGCGACGCUCUCAUCGCUCAACUUGUUAGCCAAAAUAAAGAGCUGAUGACCAACAAAGAGCGUCAGGAUAUCGAACUGUGUGCCCAAAAGGCAACGCUACAACAACAGAGAUCGCAUAUCGAAAUUCUGGAGUCGGCCUUGGGUCGGGCCCAACAAAACGUCAAUCGACUGGAAGAUGAGUUUCGACGUCUGUGUAAUGGCGACUCGCGUCAUCUUUUGGCCUCAGCUGGUGUCGAGUCUAAUGCAUCCGCUCAAGCGGAACCAGCGGCGCAUCGGGAAAUGGCGAAUAUGGAAAUCAGAAUUCGAGAUUUGGAAGCGAAGCUGAGCGAAAAAGAAAUGCUAAUCCAUUUGCUUCAGCGCGCUUCCAUGGACCGUGAAAUAGCAUUUGGAGCCACGAGAGGAUUACCCGAGUCGGUCUCGCUGCUCAACAGAUACCCCAGCCAACAGCAGCAGUCUAGUCAACCGCAACUUGAGAGCCAUCUUGCCAUGAAUCUCGCCACGUCGACGACAAACGGAGUCAAAGGAGCUUGGUCAGGAAGUAGCGGCGUAUCCAGCUUACCAAGUAGCUCACGCGGGAGUGCCAUCAGCGUAGCCAGCAAUAAUAGCCCGUCCCGCGCCAAAGUACCAACAUCCUCCACUAACGCCCCCAACACUUCCGCCGCAAGUGAUGCCAAUCCAUCGGUCGCUAGUCAAAAUAACGGCAUUGCCGAGACGGCUCAAAGUCUUGACAAUCAGUUGCGUGCACUAGAUCGCUUCUACCAAAACAAACAAUCGCUGAUUCAGGCUCUACAAUCGGACAAGGAACGGUUCCCUAAUAACUACUGGCCUUCCUAAGAGAUUGUAUAUAACCGGUCGCUGUCUACAGAAACCUAUCUAAUCAAUAUAUAUCGUCUCUCUCUAUCUCUCUAUGAAAAACAAAAGUAAUCAAAGUUUUCUCAGUUUUAAAGACACUCAAAAAUUGACUGUUGGAUUGUGUAUUUGUGGUUGAAAAAUGCAAUCGUUUUUCCGACUCA